AUCGUUGUCAAAAUUUAAUUAAUCAGAACAAUUCAAACUCAAAUCACAUGAAACACACUUGGAAAAAAACUCAUCAUAAUUUUCAAAACCAACAAAUACCGAUGAAAUACUGGGCAAUGAGGUAUAUGUUGUUUUCCAAAUUUAAUAGUGGAAUUCAAUUGGACGAAGAGAGCUUUUAUUCAGUGUGUCCAGAAGUUUUAAGUGACCAUAUAGCAAAACGCUGUGAAAAUAACAUUGUGUGUGAUCCUUUUUGUGGAGCAGGUGGAAAUAUUAUCCAACUAGCCAUGAUAUGCAAAAAAGUUAUAGCAGUUGAUAUCGAUCCGAAUAAGAUAAGAAUGGCACGGCAUAAUGCUGAGAUAUAUGGUGUUGCCGAUAAAAUUGAAUUUAUAGUGGGAGACAUAUUUUUAAUUUAUCCAAAGUUAAAAGCUGACGUUGUAUUUAUGUCACCUCCGUGGGGAGGUCCAGGGUAUUCUCUUACUAAAUGCUACAGUAUAGAAACCAUGUGCAGUGAUCAUGUUGGGGGAGGUUUUAGAAUUUUCGAUAUCGUUAAAACUAUUGCCCCCAACAUAGCAUUUCAUUUGCCAAAAAAUACAAAUAUAUUAGAAUGUGUUAUGUUGGCAAAAGAUUUUGGUAAAGUGGAGAUUCAACAAAACAUUAUUAAUGGGAAGCUGAAUUCUCUUACAGCAUUCUUUGGAGAUUUUUAUUGGAAUACCUAGUAGUUGAUAGUUAGGUUUUAUUUUUUUUAAUAAUUAAUUUGUUUUUUUUUUUUGCUGUUCAAAAUUAUUACCUUUUAUUUCUGAAUUUUAUUUUUUAUUUUUUAUCGUGUAUUUUAUUAUAUAAAAAGAAAAAAGUGAUAAAAGUUCCAAUUUUAUAAUUAAGUUGUAUUACUAUGUUUAAAUUGUAUGUUAAUGUUUUAUUUUU